UAAAAAGAGAGAGAAGAGAGAGAGAGAGUUAGGUUUUUGUUUUUGUUUUUGUUUUUUUUUAAUUUGGGGAGUUCGUUCGUCGAAACCCGCCCGCGUUAUUUUUUGAGAGAGCUUCUCUGCGUCGUCUCUCUCUUUCUCGCAAAUCAAAAACCUCAACUUUCGAAAAACUUCAAUCUCCAGAAACAUUCUUCUCUUUUACCCAUUCUCUCCUUUUUUUUUUUAUUUUUUUUUGUUAAUCAUCUUCUCUCCUUCAUUGGCAAUCUCAUUGGCUAUUUUUUGUUCUCCAGGGGGGCUUACAUCUAAUAAUAAGUCCAAUGCGUUUAUAUGAGCACAAAUCUCUGGUCUCUGUUUGAUUUUGUAGCAAUAUAACCUUGAAUGAAGCCUGAAGAUGUUUGUUUGAGGCUUGAUGAUGAUGAACAAAUUUGGUUUUGGGUAUAAUAAAUCUCCAUAACCUGUUUGCUAUAUUCCCUCAAAGAACGUUAAGAGCAUACGAAAUCCUGGAUUUUUUUUUAUUUGUUUCGUUUUGAGAUUGGGGAGUUAAAAAGAAUACAACUUUGGUUCCUCACAAGAGAUUGCAUAGAAGAAAAAAAGAAGGAUUUUUUGGUAUACUUUUUUCUCUGUUUCCUUGUUUUGGAUCUUGAGAGAACAUGAGAAUGGAGUUUCCUGGCAGCUCGAAUCAGCAGCAUUUAGGUAGGGAUAGGUUCAAUGGGGAACUCGGUUGUGGUAAUAACACUCAUGAAGACAAUAUCUGUGCUCAGACAGGGGAGGAAUUUUCAAAUGAGUUUUUGAGGGAUUUUGGUGCUCAACGAAGAGUACAGGGUGGUGGUGGUGGUGGUCUUAGUAGAAAUGUUGAAGGUAAUCGUAAUCGCCAUCUCGUUUAUGAGGAUUUCAACAGAAUUCUUGGGCUUCAGAGAGUUGAGUCCAACAUGUCUGAAGGUAUGAAUCCCUACUUAGCUGAAUCAAAUGUUUCAGACUCACCUCGGAAGAUGAUUCAUACUGCAACAUCAGAUGUUCCUUUUCCGGAUAUACUGAAGCUUCUUUGUAGCUUCGGGGGAAGGAUCUUACAGCGACCUGGUGACGGCAAACUUAGAUACAUUGGAGGGGAGACCCGGAUCGUCUCUAUACGUAAACAUGUUGGAUUAAAAGAGUUGAUGCACAAGACUUAUGCUUUGUGCAACCAUCCCCAUACAAUCAAGUAUCAGUUACCGGGAGAAGAUCUUGAUGCCUUGAUCUCGAUUUGCUCAGAUGAGGAUCUUCUUCAUAUGAUUGAAGAGUAUCAAGAAGCUGAAACAAAGGGUGGAUCUCAGAGGAUAAGGGUCUUCCUUGUAUCUUCAUCAGGAUCAUCAGAGAGUCCUAAAAUCUACAAUGAAAGAAAUAUGAACGUAAACCGAAACACGCACCAGCAGAUGGAUAUAGAUCAUUAUCAGUAUGUUUCAGCUCUUAACGGUGUCGUUGAUGUGAGUCCUCAAAAGAGUUCCAGCGGGCAAAGUGGGACAAGUCAGACUACACAAUUUGGGAAUGCUUCAGAGUUUAGCCCUACAUUUCAUCUCCGAGACUCGCCUACUUCUGUUCAUACAUGGGAACACAAAGACUGCAACAGUCCAACCUUCAUGAAACCAUAUGCCAACACGAAUGCUGUUCACUUUUUGCCGAAGAUUCCGGGGAACUCAUUUGGUCAACAAUCUCCUCCAUCAUCUCCUUUCUCAGUUCACAAGAGAGCAAACACCGACGUUCCUUACUUUGUUGAUCAAAAUGGUUUCUUUGAUACUUACUUGGUUUCUCCAAAAUUCCCACAGCAACACAGAUUCUUGUUUGAGACUACUGCACAAAUGCAGAAGCAUCCAGAAAUGAAUCUUCAUGACCGGAGGCCAAGCGAAGAUAUUUACCCCCAUGGUCAAGGUUAUAUCGGAGCCGAGAAAGUGAGGCUUAAGAAAAAUGCUCUCUCUGAUCCGCAGCUGCAUGAUGAGAGCCAAAUCAAGAAUGGGUUAGAAGCAUUUACAAAACAACCAUGGAAAAUAUUGAGAAAGAAACUACAUGUUGUGGCUACGUCAAAGUGGGGAGACAGUGAUGAUAUCUAUUUCAAGAAUCCAGAAGGCAAGAGGAGUAAGGAGCUCGAGUUCAACAAAAAAGUUCCUAAUAACUGGAUCGAUCGUGAUCAUAGUCCUGGUUCGUUUGAUCAGACAUCAAAGAAACAUGGUGGCAGUAACAGUAAUAGCUCUUUCAGUCCGAAUUAUUGUAGUCCGAAUUAUCAACCAGCUGCUCAGGUUACUUCAAGUGAUUCACAAGAUUCAGCUGGAGGCUCUGUCUUCUCUUUAUCAGUUAACACCAACGAAAAUCAUCUUGACUGUUCGAAAGACAAAUUUAAUGGUCUCCAGCAAGACAUAUCACUAGAUAUUCUCAUCAGAAGCCACACUUCAGCUACAGAUCAAUUAUGUAGUACAUCCAAAUCAAUUGAUCAAGCAGAUUCCUCUUUACCCAUUACAGAUUUCCCUGUGGAAAAACUGAGACAAGAGCCUAGGAUUCCGAGAUGUGAUUUGGAGACAAAAUGUGAUGAUAUAGAAACAGAGAAUUCUCUUUCAAGAGAAGAGAGUAUUCACUACAGUGGAUUUCCUCUUACGAAGGUGGGAAGUAGAGAAGCUGCUUUUAUGCAUACGCAAGACUCACAUGAUUUCUUCAAAAACAAGGUGCUUGGUCCACAGUUGAUAGUUGAGGAUGUGACUGACGAAGUAACUUCAGAUGCUCUCUUGUCAGCUACUAUUGUCCCUCAUGUACAUAGUGAGUCAGAUGAUGAUCAAAAAUCCUACACAAGGGAGAAUGAGAUUACAGAUGCUGGUCUUGAAUCUGCAAUGGAGGAAAAGUAUAAGAAAAGCAUAAACACCUCUGAUUCGUUUAGUGAAGCUGCGAUGAUUGAAAUUGAAGCUGGAAUCUAUGGCUUACAGAUAAUCAAAAACACUGAUCUUGAAGACUUGCACGAGCUAGGAUCUGGUACAUUUGGAACGGUUUACUAUGGGAAGUGGAGAGGAACUGAUGUUGCUAUCAAGAGGAUAAAGAAUAGUUGUUUCUCUGGUGGGUCAUCUGAGCAAGCACGACAGACUAAAGAUUUCUGGAGAGAAGCUCGGAUAUUGGCGAAUCUCCACCAUCCUAACGUGGUGGCCUUUUAUGGAGUUGUGCCAGAUGGACCUGGUGCAACAAUGGCAACAGUGACUGAGUAUAUGGUGAACGGAUCUUUGAGACAUGUCUUGCAGAGAAAAGACAGAGUACUUGAUAGGCGCAAAAAACUGAUGAUAACUCUUGAUGCUGCAUUUGGCAUGGAGUACCUACAUAUGAAAAAUAUUGUUCAUUUUGAUCUUAAAUGCGAUAACUUGCUUGUAAACUUGAGGGAUCCACAACGACCUAUUUGCAAGGUUGGAGAUUUCGGAUUAUCAAGAAUCAAACGAAACACGCUUGUCUCUGGUGGGGUAAGAGGAACCCUUCCAUGGAUGGCCCCAGAGCUGCUAAACGGAAGCAGUAACCGUGUCUCAGAAAAAGUAGAUGUUUUCUCAUUUGGUAUUGUGCUGUGGGAGAUCUUGACAGGCGAAGAACCCUACGCGAAUAUGCAUUGCGGUGCCAUCAUCGGUGGAAUUGUGAACAAUACGUUGAGACCACCUGUGCCAGAACGGUGUGAAGCAGAGUGGAGGAAGUUGAUGGAGCAAUGCUGGUCAUUCGAUCCAGGAGUACGACCAUCGUUCACGGAGAUUGUUGAUCGGCUUCGCUCGAUGACUGUUGCCUUACAAGCCAAGCGACGAACCUAAAUGCCCUCUCCAAUCAAACUUAAAGAAAAAAACCAAACGUAAGUUGUGAGAUACUAUACUGUACAUGAGUCUUCAUUUUUGGGUUGGUUUUAAAUUUAUAUUGGCUGAAAGAAAGUGACAACAAGAAGGGGAAAUAUAGAUUUGUGAGAGAUGUGCGGCGUUUGUAAAUUAGUAUUGGGGGAAUUUACCGGUUUUUGUAUACCAAGAAAGUUGGGGUUCUACUGUGUAAAAACAGAAUUGUCAUUUUUCUGUAAGGAAUAUGUUUCCUCCAUCUAAAGAAAUUAACUUCUUAUUACCGGUUUGGGUUUGAGAGUUGUUUAUUAAAAACAAAAACCACAACAUAAACGUUAGUAACUGACGUUUUUGGUUCAGAGGAAUAUGGAACCUUCACACCAAACUUUCAAAAUAAAAUUUCUCAAGCAUCUUAACUCCAAAAAAAAUCCAUCAUAAGGUUUGUUUAAACGAUUACACUGGAAAGCUAUAAUAAUCCAUAAAUGUCUGCGAAAAGCCACAAUAGAUGCAUAACAUAAUAAGUAAACUAAAGG